AAAGGAACAAAUUACAGGAACAAGUUGUUCAGAAGAAGACUCAGACCCCUAAGACUCAGACUUUGGAGACAGGGAAUCGGAAGACUUGGGACCCGCAGCCCCGCUUGCUUGGCUCUGGCACUGCACCAAACAGUCAGCUGCAGAUGCACACAGUGAAGAUGCUGAUAGUGGAGGCUGCUCUGGAGCUGCAGGAAAGGGUCAUAUACCAUGUCCCAAAGUGCGGGUUCCCUAACAAGCAGCUGUGCCAGAGCCUUGUCAAAGUUGAGGUGCCCGAGUAUGUCCUGGACAUGGGCACUGUCCUUAAGGGUUUCACUGGGAAAAGCACUGUGAAGAUCACCAACCCUGGGCAGAUCCCAGUCUUCUUCCAGGUCAAUGGAUCUGUCCUGCAGGACACAGGUUUCAGCGUGGACCUGGACCUGAUGAACAGCCUGCCCCCCAAGCACAGCAUGAAGUUUGACGUGCGCUUUGAAAGCGCCCAGCGGCCACAGGGUGACGUGGAUGUGCUGCUGCCCAUAGAGGUGACAAAAGGCCCCACGUCUCACAUCCGUCUCCGUGCCACUGUGUUGGAAGUGUCGCUCAACCUCUCCAAGAGGGCACUGCAGUUCUCUGACAUCCUCGUUGGGCAGUGCCAGAUUGAGACAAUCCGGCUCUACAACCGGUUCCCAGUACCCUGCACAUGGUCCAUUACUGCCAUCAAGCCUGCUCUGAAGAAGUAUGUACGUCAGAAGUUGCAGGCGCUGGAGGAUGAGCCCUGUCCCUUUGAAGUGACACCUUCCCAAGGAAACCUUGAUCCAGGACGGUGGCAGAACUUAAAGAUCCAGUUUAUACCCAAGGAGGAGAGGUCUUACAAGAAUGAGCUGAAGCUCAACAUUGGUGGGAGCAGCAAUCACUUAAGGCUGCACCUCUCGGGACAAGGUCUAGAGCCACGGUUGAAGUUCAGCCCCCCAGCACUAAAGAUGGGACGGGUGCUGGUGGACACUGAUGGGGUGGAGGCCACAGUGGUGGUGAAGAACCCAUGUGACUUCCCCAUUGAGUUUUACUCCCUGAACUUUGAUCAGCAGUACCUUGAGGAGGAGAAGAUCCUGCGGAUAGCACUGGGCUCUGAGAAGCAAAAGAGCUUUUUAAUGCCUCCACGCACUGUGGGUGGGACGCUGCCCCCAGUGGUGCUGAGGAAGUAUGAAGCACAGAAGAGGCUGAAGACUCAACAGGCAGAGCUCAAGGCCAUGGCAGAGGCCCAGCCUUCAGCUGAAAACUAAGGUCAGAAGCC